AUGUCUAUGAACAAAUCUAAUAAAUCAGCGUGUUUACCAGCGAAUAUUUAUUGUGAACAUACCUACGAUCGAUAUAAAGAAGAAGGGCUUCGUUUGCUUGAAAAGUAUAUGCCAUAUUUAAAUCCAGAAACUGGUUUACGAAAUCGCAUGAUUACACGUGAUCCCGUUACUGGUUUAGGCGAUUUAGAAGCUGAAUGGAAUCCACUUAACGGAUGUCAUAUCAAUCGAAAAACAUUUCCAUAUCGGGAUCCAAUCAGAAUGGAAGGUGAUAUGGGUACUGAAUAUAAUUGUCUAUAUACAACUAAAGAGCUCACAUGCAAAUCGCGUGUUAAUCGUGAUCCAAUAACACUGCAAGGUGAUUUAGGAGAAGAAAUAGAUGUUUUUCGACCACAUGGUGGUAAGCCAAAAAACAGAAUUGAAAACAACGUCAAUGCGAUGAAACGUGAUCCUAUAAGUGGUACAGCAGAAGGUGGUCGAGAAUGCGAAUCCAUUCAUCAAUACAACGGGCGACAGUGCAAUGAAGAGACUUCUAAAAGAUAUUCUUAUCUUGCAACGGAUCCAAUAACACAUUCACUGCCAGAAACAAAACUUGUUCGUUCACAGUCAGUACGACACUACAAGGAAGCAUGGUCUCAACGGGAUCCAAUCGGAUACAUGCACAGAGCCAGUGUGUCAUAUAAAACGGAUAGAAGUCGGGAUUGA